AGCUACGUGUGGCCAAUAAAAUCUCUCCAAAAUAACGUCCGCCGACCGCCAGCCAAAAUGACCGCCGUCAUAAUCCUCCUCCUCCUCCUCUUCACCAUCACAACCCUGAUCGCGAACCUCCUCAUCAACAAGAAGAAACGCGCCGCUGCGGCCGCGGCCAAGCUGCCACCGCUGCCUCCAAGCCCGGCGGCAGCAUGGCCGCUGCUGGGGAACCUCCCGGCGGAGGUACUCGUCCACAAGAAGCCCAUGUUCCGGUGGAUCCACGAGGCGAUGAAGGAGAUGGACACCGACAUCUGCCUCAUCCGUCUCCCCGGCGGCGCCAGCAUCGUCCCGGUCCUCGACCCGGCCAUCGCCAGGGAGAUGCUGAGGAAGCAGGACGCCGUCUUCGCCGACCGCCCCGUCUCCUUCGGCAGCCACACCAUCAGCGGCGGCUACGUCACCACCGCCGCCGUGCCGUACAACGACCAGUGGCGCAAAAUGCGGAAGGUGCUCACCUCCGAGAUCGUGUCCCCAGCCCGACACAAGUGGCUGCACGACAAGCGCGCCCAGGAGGCCGACAACCUCGUUUUCUACGUCCGCAGCCACUGCGUGGCUGGGAAGGGCGUCGACCUCAGGGUUGCCGCGCAGCAUUACUGCGGCAACGUGAUGAGGAAGAUCGUGUUCGGGCGGAGGUUUUUCGAAAGGCCCACGUUGGAUGGUGGGCCGGGCCCGAUGGAAGUGGAGCACGUGGAGGCGGUGCUGGGUGCGUUGAAGUGCUUGUACUGGUCGAGUUUAUCGGAUUACUUCCCGUGUUUGUGGGGUUGGGACGUCGACGGGAAGGAGAAGGUGAUUACGGAGGCGAAUGCAACCAUCAAACGGUACCAAGAUCCGAUCAUCGACGAGAGGAUCCGGCAGUGGAGGAGCGGCGAGAGGAAGGAGAUGGAUGACCUCCUCGAUGUGUUCGUCACUCUCAAGGAUGAAGAAGGAAAACCCUUGCUCACUCCUCAUGAAAUCAAGAGUCAAGCCGUGGAACUGAUGAUGGCUGGGAUAGACAACCCAUCAAAUACGGUGGAGUGGGCGAUGGCAGAGCUGAUUAACCAGCCAGAUUUCAUGGCAAAGGCGACCAAGGAAAUCGAUAUUGUUGUGGGGAAAGAGAAGAGAAUGGUACAAGAAUCAGAUAUCAACAAGUUGAAUUAUGUGAAAGCAUGUGUUAGAGAAGCGUUCCGACUCCACCCGUUGUUGCCAUUUAACGCCCCACAUGUAGCCACCCAAGACACCAUCGUGGGUGGCUACUUCAUCCCCAAGGGCAGUAGUGCCCUCCUUAGCCGCUAUGGCCUCGGUCGCAACCCCAAGACGUGGACCAACCCACUCAAGUUCGACCCUGAACGUCACCUUAAAGGCGAUGGUGACAAUGAUGAGGUGGUCCUCACUGAGCCCGACCUUCGGUUCAUAUCAUUUAGCAAUGGAAGGCGAGGCUGUAUGGCAGCAAUGUUGGGAACUUGUAUGGCCACCAUGUUACUUGCCAGGUUGCUGCAAUGCUUCGCAUGGAGCCCAAUAGGGAAUGCCAAGGUCGUCGACCUUACCGAAGCUGAGGAUCAGCUUUCACUGGCCACGCCACUCAAGGCAUUCCCUGUGACGCGUUUAACACCCGACCUAUACCCUGUAAUUUGAAGAACUCAUUUUUUUAUAAGGAUGAUAUAUAUCUGUUUUUUUUAUAAUUAGACCUAAUGCCAUAAAUGAGCCUAUAGUUUAGGCUUUCUGCCACUUGUGCCUCUAUGUUUGUUGUGUUUCCAUAAAAUGUCCCAGCAUUUAGAGUAUCCAUGUCAAUAAUACACUUCUUCAUUUUGUUAACUGUUAGAUUCAACGGUCAACUAAACGACGGUGAACAUUUUAUUUACUUUGUAACAACGUGUCUGUCAUUUAUCUUAAUUAAUCUUUGCACGUAUUGAUCAACUUUGUAAUGAGUUUCACAUGUAUACAAAAUCAUCCUCCAAAGAAGACAAUCGAAUAAGACUAAAAGAGAUAACAAAUUGCAUGAUAGGAGAGAGCCAAUACAUUAAUGUUGCCAUUACAUUAAAUAUAAAGUAUUAUAGAAUUGAGCCAUUACAUUAUUGGUUUUUUUGGGUAGGUUUCUUCCUAUUAAUACAUUUCGUUUCCAGCUUGCAUAAUUAUGAAUUUUCAGCUGGGGGAAUUAAAGAUACCAUUAAAUUAAUCAACUACUUGAUGAAUUUGAUUGGCACGUGGAAAUGGUGAACAAACGAGUUUCUUCUUAUCCUUUCUAUUAUUUUUGUUUAAGCCCUACCAUUCAUAUGUACUUUACUUAUUCACUUUCCAUGGAUCAUCUUCCCUAUUAAGUUUUAGUUACCAUAAACAAAACCAAAAAAUGCAUCAUUAGCUCUAUUUUCAGAACCGGAAAAGUUAGUGGUUCAUGGUUCAGUGGUUAACCAUUAUAAAACCGUUGGUGAACCGUUUAAGAACAGCUCAUACAUAUAAAAUACAAAAGACAUGUAAUAGACUAUUUAAAAACUGAAAUUUCCAUAAACCAUAAACAAUCAAAAUCCUUACUAUCCAUCACAAAUCAUAAAACUGUCUCACAAAAAAUCCAACGAAAAUUCAGAGGUUAAGUGCUCUUUCAUUCUAUGAAUCCCUCCCCUUUGACAAUCUUGUUACAUUGAUUCUAGACAAGUAAAAACUUUUUUACCUUCAAUCACUUGAAGAUUAACAUGUGCGAUCAUGUUGGAUUUGAGGUAGGAGCAACAUCGGAGAGUGGAAUUUGAGAUGGUUGAGGUUGACUCUCCAUUUCUCAAUUUGCAAAAUGUAAAAUUCUUUUAGUUAAUUAUGUAUGUUAUACUUUAUGAUCCCUAAAGUACUGCGUGCUCCUUCAUGUGACUAUGAAAUGAAUUAUUAUAUAAAUGGGCCUUUGAAAUCAAUUGUAUCCGCAUGG